UUCGCGUUCAAGUCUGCGAAAUUUUCUUGCUUUGUGUGCUUUUGGACUUAUUUUCAGAUUUAUAACAAAAUCGUCUAAUAGGUAUUCGUUUUACGCAACUCUCACGGAGUAUUUCGUCAGUAAUUAUACACCGUCAGUGGUUAUUGAGAAGUUUUCAUCAUGCCGAGAGGGAAGUAUGUUAAUCACAAGGGACGUAAUCGUCAUUUCACCAGUCCCGAGGAGUUAGAAGCGGAACGAAAGAAUGAAGAACAGAAGAAAAAAUGGAGAGAGACACACGCCGAGGCUUCAUCCGAGGAAGAGGAAGAAGCUGAGAGUGAUAAAGGAAGCGAUGAGUCCGAGGAGGAGUCGGAAGACGAUGACAAAAAGGGUGCAAGUUCAGUGAUUCAGAUUCAAAAUCCGAAUCGAGUCCAAAAGAAAGCCUUUCUGAAGGCAACCGACGUGGAUGAAGACGACAAGCCACAGCUAACGCGUCGAGAACGAGAACAGUUGGAAAAGCAGAAGGCACAUGCUGCCUACAUGAAACGACACGCCGAAGGCAAAACGGCUCAAGCUAAGGCGGAUUUGGCUCGGCUAGCAAUCAUUAAGCAGCACCGAGCAGAAGCGGCCGCACGUCGCGAUGCCGAAAAGAAAGCAAAAGAAACGCCCAAGGGUAGCACGUAAAACAUGUAAAAUAACGACACGGAAGCCGUAUUUUGAGCGACUCACGUACAGAAUAUGCGUUCUGUCCGUAACAGCAUCAUUUUAUAGUGAUAAGCAGGUAUCGAUUUUGUGAGCAGGUUAUUUCAUCCUGCAGGAAGGUACAAUAGUCCUUCAGCUUGAAAUAAAUCUCUUCCCUACGAUUUAUUAGAUGAAAUAAUUAGAAACAAAUUGGUCGUCUAUCUAAAAUGCACAUGUUGCAAAUAAAGUGCGAAUGCAAUUUAACGAUAAAAAACAUGAAUUUACUGUUUACGGUAGAUAAACAUUUUAUCUAAAUCUGGUGUUCAAUAAAUGUUUUCACGAAAAGCUGCUAAAUU